AUGUCGUUCAAGAUUGUCCAUCAAGCUCCUUGUGAAGGAUGUCCAGUAGACGACAAAUUGAUAUCGAGGUUCAGAGGAUCCUGGUCGGAAGCCGGAGUCUACGAGACCCAGGUUUUCGCCUACAUGAAAACAUUCCGAUUUACAGGAUCACCAGCGUUGUACAUUGAGUGCGACGUUAGAAUGUGCCACGGAAGAUGUCCGAGUCAACCAUGCCACUGGAGAAACGUCAAGAACGUGAAGAAGAGGUCUUUGGAGCUAGAAGGUCCUUCUAGUUCUACCACAGUAGCUUCGAAUAUCCCCUUAUCGGAAAAUAUCAAUCUUUUCCAGUCGUUGAGGGUACUACACGAAGGGGAAAGCGAUCAGGAAACGAAUAUAACUUAUAUAGAUACGAAAACAACUCCGGACACCGUAUGCCUCAAAACCGGGUGGUUCUCUGCCCUUUUAGCCCUUGGUGGAGGCGCAAUGUGCCUCUUGGGUGGCGCGCUUCUAGCCACCUGCACGAGAAUGCGAAAAAUAGCCAUAGACAAAGUACUGUCCACCACCCAAUUCAAUGGAUACAUGAACCACCGGGGAAGCAUCAAUUAAGAGUUUAGAAAUUAAGAAACACAUAGAAAAGACAGUGAUAUUUGUGAGAUUUUUUGUAAUGUUUUACAUGAACGUUGUGUUCCAUAAGUUAUUACGUAGGCUUGUUGUGUAUUUGAGUGAUCUUACAAGCGGAUCGAUAAAAUUGUUCAAUUGUAACAGAUAGUUUCAUCCUCCAUUGUAUUUUUUUUAUACAGAGUCAGAUAUUGAAUUAACUAUGUCGUUACAAUGUGAUCUGUAUUAUUUAUCUUAACAUAUAAAGUGCUAAUAAUGUGUUAAUAACAGUAAUUCUAGUGAUA